AUGGCCGCUCCUGUUUUCAUUCUCAUCACCUUCUUUGCUCUUACUUGUUCUAUUGCAUUGGCAUCCGAUCCUAGUCCACUUCAAGAUUUCUGUGUUGCUGAUCGAAACAAUCCUGUGAAAGUGAAUGGCUUUGUUUGCAAGGAUCCCAAUGUUGUGGAAGCAAAAGACUUCUUCAUGAGUGGGCUAAAUGUGGCCGGUGACACCAACAACCCAGUUGGUUCUGCAGUAACUCCUGCCAAUGUUGUGCAAAUCCCAGGGCUCAACACACUUGGUAUUUCUAUGGUUCGUAUUGACUAUGCCCCAUGGGGAAUCAACGCACCCCACACCCACCCUCGUGCCACUGAAAUCUUGACCGUCCUCGAAGGCACUCUUUUGGUUGGCUUUGUCACCUCCAACACAGAAAAUCGUCUCAUAACCAAGACACUAAACAAGGGCGACGUGUUCGUGUUUCCUGUUGGACUUGUUCACUUUCAACAGAACAUUGGUUAUGGUCCUGCAGUUGCUAUUGCAGCUUUGAGCAGCCAAAAUCCAGGCGUUAUUACCAUCGCUAAUGCUGUUUUUGGAUCAAAGCCAGACAUUUCAACCAAUAUCCUUGCAAAGGCUUUUCAAACUGAUUCGGCUAUAAUAGCCAACAUUCAGUCCAAGUUUUAG